CUUCGGGUCUAUUUGCCGGAGACAACCUGACCUUGAGUUGCCUGCAUGUUUCGAGAUAUGUGAAAAGGUCUUGACGAGAAGAUACGGGAAAAUUUGAGAAGAUAUUAAUGGCUUAAGCGCAGACCUAACGUGCUGUUGUUGUCCACAGAGAGUUCAGCGGUCUCACAGCCAAUCUACACCCAUCAACAUAUUCACAUCAUGUCGGCCUCUUUGCCGCGGAACCUAUGGCGCAUCGCGCGGCCAGCCACCAAGACCGCUGGGUGUCUUCGCCGGGCAACGAUGACCGCAGGAUUUUCGACAUCAUCAUCGAGAAAGAUCAUGGAAACAACCGGAUUCACCGAAAAUCAAUUGACUGUUCGAGAAACGGUCAGUCAAGUCUGCGCGGAGUUCCCCAACACCUACUGGCAAGAACACGAUCAGAACGAGCAAGACCCGAAAGAGUUCCACGCUGCCCUCGCAAAGGAUGGAUGGCUUGGUAUCGCUCUGCCAGAGUCACUCGGCGGCUCCGGCUUGGGCAUCUCCGAAGCGACGAUGAUGAUGCAGACCAUCACUGAAUCGGGCGCCGGCAUGGCUGGAGCGCAGUCUAUUCACGCCAACGUCUACGCGACACAACCGCUGGCCAAGUUUGGAACUCAGGAGCAGCUGGAGAGCACGAUCCCCAAGAUCAUCUCUGGGGAGUGGCGUACGUGUUUUGGUGUCACAGAACCCAAUUCUGGCCUCGAUACUCUGCGCCUCGCGACGACAGCAAAGAAACAGACCGAUGGAUCUUAUGUUGUCACUGGUCAGAAGAUCUGGAUUACAUGCGCACAAGUAGCAUCUAAGAUGAUUCUUCUCGCACGAACGAAGGCGUACGAGGACUGCAAGAAGCCGAGCGAGGGCCUAUCGCUCUUCUGCAUCGAUAUUGACAAGUCACAACCCGGCCUAGACAUGCGCAAGAUCAAGAAGAUGGGCGGCCGAGCCGUCGACGCCAACGAAGUAUUCUUUGACAACUACCACAUCCCCGCGAGCUCACUCAUAGGCCAAGAGGGCCAGGGCUUCAAGAUCAUCCUCCACGGAAUGAACGCCGAACGAUGUCUUCUCGCUGGCGAGGCUCUGGGUCUGGGCUACGCAGCGCUAGCAAAGGCCUCAGAGUACGCGCGGGAUCGCGUUGUAUUCCAGAGACCAAUCGGCCAAAACCAAGCCAUUGCGCAUCCGUUGGCGGACGCAUACAUGAAGUUAGAAGCAGCGAAGCUGGCUACUUACCACGCCGCAAAGUUGUAUGAUGCCAGCAAGGAGGACUCGUCGAUUCGUCAAGAUCAGGUUGGAGUUGCGGCGAAUAGCGCAAAGUACGUAGCCGCGGAAGCGGCAUUUACGGCAUGCGAACGGGCGGUGCUUACACACGGAGGUAUGGGCUAUGCGGCAGAGUACGACGUGGAGAGGUACCUGCGUGAAAUCUUCGUGCCAAGAAUUGCGCCUGUAUCUCGCGAGAUGAUCCUCUCUUACAUUAGCGAGAAGGUAUUGCAACUUCCUCGCAGCUAUUAGAGCAGAGCCUCAUAAAUUGUAAUCCUCACCCACGACCCCGAAGGGGGUCGUGCUCUGCUUGCAUGCGUCCCUCUUAC